AUGGAUCUAAAUAUUGAACAACUCAAUAUUUUGCGUGAUUGGCCAACGGACUCUACCAUACGUGACUAUUUCAAAGAUUCUUUUAGUGUUGCGAUGGAAUUAUGUGAGGCGUUAGGUAUAGAUGUUCCAUCAGAGAAUAAUUUAAACUUAACCUAUGUGGAACCGAUAAUUUUAAUUCAAAAUCAGGUUGAUAAUGAUAUUUCAAUGGAUAAUGAAAUUAUUAAUGAAUUACCGGUAGAUGAAGAUCCACUUUUAAAAGAAAAUGAUAUUUCUACAGCUAUUGAGAUAGCUUUAAAACAGACCGGGUUUCUUUCUUUAUCAGAUGAUGAUAUAGUUAAAUUAGAUGUGGGAGAUCUUGCUAAACAAGUGGAUGUGAUAGUACAAAAUACUCGUUCUAAUUUAACUCCAGUAAAUAAUGAUGAUGUUAAUUUAAGUAUUCAGUAUACUUUAACAGAUGGCCAAUUAAAUUUGGUUGAAAUGAUAGAAAUUCGUGUUAAACAUGAAGCUUACUCUUCAAAAAAGUUGGAACGUAAAUAUCGUGGUGAACAAAUUGCAAAUAAUAGCGAUCCAGGAAUAAUAAAUCCGAAUAAAGCAAGUCAUAUGGUUGCACAUCUUAUUAAUAAUGAAAAUCCAGAAACACGAUUUGUUACACAGCGUGAAAAACGUUGGAUGAUAAAUAGAAAAACCAUGGCAACAAAGCUUGUUCAACAACAUAGAGAAGACUUGGCAAAAAAUAAAAAUAAGAAAAAACGAAACGUUAAUUCAGUUAUUUGUGAAAUUCCGAAUAUUGACUGUGCCAAUGUUAAUACUGAUAAUCCCUUAUCAAAUAAUCAAUUUGUUAUUGCAAUUUUCGGUUUAAUACUUUGUAUUGCACGCGUCAUAGCAAUGUAUUAUGAGGUAUAUAAUUAUCAUUCUUAUCAUGUAGGAGAGGUAACGGAUCUUGAUAGUUUAUCGUAUAUUACACUUCAUGUAUUUUUACCAAUUCAUUAUAACAUUUUUUCCGGUCUAACUAAUGAAAAAUCAAAGAUUUUUACGCACCAUCAGCCUGAUAAUAUAGUAUAUCAUUUAGCAAAUAUAGAUGUUAUUGUGACCGAAAGUUCUUUAAGUUUGAAAGGCUUUGGAAAGAUUAUAUAUAAUUACUUUAAUCGCGAUGAUAUAAAGGAGGCAAUAGUUAAAGGGUAG